AUGCCCUCCUAUCCUCCCCUCGGAAUCCCGCAACAACACCACACUCCCUCACAAGUUCCUACAAUGUCGGCGGCACCACCACUCCUCCGCCCCGCCAUCCCGGGCUCUCGCCCCGGCGGCCGUGCCCCGCGCCUCGGGCUCGCCAUCCCUCCGUCUCCCAACGCCAAAGCCCUCGGAAACCCAGGGGCCCCUCCCCCACGCCCGGCCCCGCCUACAUUGCACCUCGCGACCCCCAUGGGCAGCAGCGUCGUGCCACCAGAACAAAAACCCCUUAAGCCCCAACUCAGUCUCAGCCUUCAAAGUGCGAGCGGGGGCAGCGAAAGCAGCGCCGCUCACAGUAGAAGCGGGAGCUUUGGGCCUCUCGACGGCCGUGCCAGCAACCCCACAAGCGCCGGUUCCCAGUUCAGCGCUCUCUCCUUCGCGAGCCAAUAUGGGAUAGGGAGGCAGACAGGCGACCCCGUAUCCGCUGUCGGGUCACUAUAUUCCAACGCCAGUGAGAGCAUGGACAUGGACCGGGAGGGCAGUCUGCAUGGGCUGGAGAGUUUCGACGAGCUCACCCUGGAGAAGGCCCGGGCAGCAGACGUAGAUGAUUUAGACGACGAGGGCUGGCGGAUUGUCAGCAUGGAGAAGCGGAUCAUCGAGCUUGGGAACCUGGGCGAGGGUGCCGGAGGUGCCGUGACAAAAUGCAAACUGAGGGGCGGUGACACCGUCUUUGCUCUCAAGAUUAUAACCACAAACCCUGACCCCGAUGCCAAGAGGCAAAUCAUCCGUGAGCUAGGGUUCAAUAAGGGGUGCGCCUCGCAACAUAUCUGUCGCUAUUACGGAGCCUUCGUAGACCCGGCGAGCUCCACUAUCUCCAUCGCCAUGGAGUUUUGCGAAGGCGGAUCACUCGAUAGCAUCUACAAGGAGGUCAAGAAUCUCGGCGGGCGCACGGGCGAGAAAGUUCUAGGAAAGGUCGCCGAGGGCGUGCUCCACGGUUUGACCUACCUGCACUCCAAAAAGAUCAUCCAUCGCGACAUCAAGCCAAGCAACAUUCUGCUCUGCCGCAACGGCGACGUGAAGCUCUGCGACUUUGGCGUGUCUGGCGAGUUCGGCACCAAGGGUGACGCCAGCACAUUUAUCGGCACCAGUUACUACAUGGCCCCGGAGCGCAUCACAGGGCAAUCGUACACCAUCACCUCCGACGUCUGGUCAACCGGCAUCACCUUGCUCGAGGUUGCACAACAUCGCUUCCCCUUCCCGGCCGACGGCACCGAGAUGCAGCCCCGCGCCACUCCCCUCGAUCUCCUGACUUACAUCGUCAAGCACCCUACCCCCAAGCUAAAGGACGAGCCCGAAGCCAACAUUUACUGGAGUGGCAGCUUCAAGUAUUUCAUCGAGUGCUGCCUUGAAAAGGAACCGGCACGCCGCGCGAGUCCAUGGCGUAUGCUGGAGCACCCCUGGAUGAUAGAAAUGACCACUAAGCGCGUCAACAUGCGCCGUUACCUGGCCCAAGUAUGGGGCUGGGAUGAUAAGGACCAACAAAAGGCAUAG